AUGGGCCCUGCCGGGAUUUCUUGCUUCAGGUGUCUUUGCCACCAAGAGAUGCUCCUGCUGUUCAUGUUGUCCUUUGGCCUCCACGGGAAUACGCAGUCCUUGCAGAAUACAGUGGCUCUCGAUCCUUGUUCUGCCUACAUUAGCCUGAAUGAGCCUUGGAGGAACACGGAAUUCCAGUUCAACGAUUCUACUGACCAGCCUGAAUGUGACAGUCAUGUGGAUGGGGAAUGGUAUCGCUUUACAGGGAUGGCUGGGGACGCCAUGCCUACCUUCUGCAUUCCUGAGAACCACUGUGGCACCCAUGCCCCAAUCUGGCUGAACGGCAGCCAUCCUCAAGAAUCAGAGGGCGUUGUCCAAAGGCAGGCCUGUGCAACUUUUAAUGGAAACUGCUGCCUCUGGAAUACAACUGUUGAAAUCAAGGCGUGUCCUGGAGGUUAUUACGUCUACCAUUUAGCCAAGCCCAGUGUCUGCUACCAUGCUUACUGUGGACAUUUCUAUGACAUCUGUGAUGUGGUUGAUUGUCAAGGUUCCUGUUUGGACACUGGAGAUUGCAUUUGUUCCUUGGGGACAAUUAUGGGACCAGAUGGACAGACCUGUCUCGAUGAAAAUGAAUGCGAAAGGAAUAAUGGCGGCUGCAGCGAAUUCUGUAUUAACCUAAAGAACUCCUAUCGCUGUGAAUGUGGAGUUGGGCGUGUCCUGGGGCCGGAUGGAAAGACUUGUGAAGAAAUUGAAGGGUGUCACAACAACAAUGGAGGCUGCAGCCAUAGAUGCAACAUGUUGGAAACCAGUUAUCAAUGUGAAUGCCCUCGAGGUCUUGUUUUGUCAGAGGACAACCACACCUGCCAAGUUCCAGUUAUAUGUAAAUCUACAUCUAUAGAAGUGAAUAUUCCCAAGGAUCUUGUUGGGGGAAUGGACCUCUCACUUACCAAUAGCUCCUGCAAAGGAGUAUCCAAUGGCACUCAUGUCAACCUUAUCUUCUCACUGAAAACCUGUGGAACAUCUAUUGAUGUAGUAAAUGACAAAAUAGUUGCUACCAAUAUGGUCACCGGCUUGCCAAAGCAAACACCCGGCAGUAAUGGGGACAUCAUUGUCCAUACAGGAAAGCUGUUGAUCCCUGUGACUUGUGAAUUUCCUCGCCACUACACUAUCUCGGAAGGCUAUAUCCCCAAUGUGAAGAAUUUGCCCCUGGAAAUUAUGGGUCACAAUCAAGGCGUCUUCCCUUUCACACUUGAGAUAUUCAAAGACAAAGAUUUUGAAGAGUCCUAUCAGGACUCCCUUCCCACUCUUAAACUCCGAGACUCUUUGUAUUUUGGGAUUGAGCCCUUGGUGCAUGUCAAUGGUCUGGAGACAUUGGUGGAGAGUUGCUUUGCUACCCCUACAUCCAAAACAGACGAGAUCCUGAAGUACCACUUAAUUCGAGAUGGCUGCGUUUCGGAUGAUUCCAUAAAGCAGUACACCUCAAAAGAUCAUCUGGCUAAACACUUUCAGGUCCCAGUGUUCAAAUUUGUGGGCAAAGACAACAAGGAAGUGUUUCUACAUUGCCGUGUUCUUGUGUGUGGAGUAACAGACGAGAGAUCUCGCUGUGCACAGGGCUGUCACAGACGGAUGCGCAGAAGAGCCCGAUCACAAGAGGAAGGCGACCACAUCGCACACCAUAUCCUGACAAGUGGCCCAAUUAAAAUUGAUGUGCAAGAAUAGAUGUAUGAUUAUAUACAUCCAUAGAUGGAUGAACAGAUGGAAUAGAUGUGUGAAUAUAUAUAUCUAUAUGCCCCUCUUCCCCUUGAGUUCAAACUAGAUAUAGUCUACAUCUCAAUUCCGUUGCAUGUGGCGGAGACGUUGAAUGGGAAAUUUGAUUUUGUAGGGUCAAAGCAGAGUCUGCUUCAGUUAGACAUGAUCAACCUUGAAGCCAGCCUGGACGAAGCCAUCUUGGAGCUUCAGUGUUGCCGCACUGGAGCGAGGGAUUGGGAGGGGGGAUUAGAAAUAGCUAGGGUUGUGUAGUCAAAAUAUAAUACUUUCUUUUGGGAACUAAGGAUAUUCUCACACCUGGCUGGAAGAAGGAGGAAUGAUGUCACCAGACCAGUGGACGCUGCCUUGAUUGGGCAUGUGAUUGAUUGUUUGGGAUUGGGGAGGAAACUUUUACUUUUAAUUAGAUGAAAACUGAGGGACCCUUCAGAGUUGGUUUUCACCAGAUA